ACGAAACGUGUAAAUACCCCGGAAUCGGCGCGAGAUCGGCACAUCAUUCUCUGAUACCAAACCGAUCAAAAGCAUCAUGUCUGGACGUGGAAAGGGUGGAAAAUCAAAGGCCAAGGCAAAGUCCCGAUCAUCAAGGGCAGGAUUGCAGUUUCCAGUAGGAAGGAUUCAUCGUCUGCUGAGGAAAGGCAAUUAUGCUGAGCGUGUUGGCGCUGGAGCCCCAGUCUACUUGGCCGCAGUAUUGGAAUACCUCGCCGCUGAAGUUUUGGAGUUGGCGGGCAAUGCUGCCAGAGACAACAAGAAGAGCAGAAUCAUCCCUCGUCACUUGCAACUGGCCAUCAGAAACGACGAGGAACUGAACAAGCUUCUGUCCGGUGUCACCAUUGCCCAGGGAGGAGUUCUUCCUAACAUUCAGGCUGUUCUCCUACCAAAGAAAUCCGGAACUGGUAAAGGAAAGUCCAGCCAAAGUCAAGAAUAUUAGACGACCCAGUCUAUUUUCAACCAACGGCCCUUUUCAGGGCCACCAAAUCGUUCGAAAAGAUGCCAUCAUUCAAUAUAGAAAAUCGUGUACAUGUUUAUUUAUUCAUAGGGAGAAUAUUUAAGGUUUUUGUGGGUCACUUCUAAAAUGUUUUGGUAAACCAGAGGGUUGAAACGUUAGAUUUAAAAUAAUUCGAUGACCAGCAGAUUCUGCAAAUCUAAACAGCUAAAGUGCUUAUUUUAAGCAACCUUUUCUUUUAAGGUGGUAUGGGACACCUCCUUUAUAUGACGUGCUUCCUACCUAAGUAAAC